CUCAACACCAUAAAAAAGGUUAUAUAUACACAUAUAUAGAUUCCUUCCGAUCUCUCUUUCUUUCUCAUCUAAGGUCCUAAAGCAAAAGAAGGAAUUAUUACUAGCUAGCUAGUUAUAAUGGCUUCAAGUUUAGCAGUUGAAUACACAAUAUCGUUGGGUUUGGCUUUGAUAGUAAUAGUUGGGGCAAACCUAGAGCAAGACAGAGCAGAAUGCGCGGACAAGCUUGUGGGACUGGCGACGUGCUUGCCUUACGUCGGCGGCGACGCCAAGACUCCGACGAUGGACUGCUGCAGCGGACUGAAGGAAGUCGUGGACAAAAGCAAGAAGUGCCUCUGCGUUCUCAUCAAAGACCGCGACGACCCCAAUCUUGGCGUCAAGAUCAACUCCACCCUCGCUAUGCAACUCCCCAAUGCCUGCCAUAUUCCCACUAACAUCUCCAAGUGUGUCGACCUUCUUCAUUUGGCACCAAACUCAUCAGAUGCAAAGGUGUUUGAGGGACUCGCAAACAACAAUGGAAAGACCACAACCGCCCCCAUUCCAAGUGGAAAUUCUUCAAGUACUAUUGCCGACACCAAAAGUGAUGGUGGGAUGCAAAUAGAUCGGGUGGUUUUUGGAACUUUGCUAUGGUUUUCACUCCUCACCUGCUUCUUAAUUACAUUUGAUCUCAUUUUGUAAUUUGCCCACGCUUUUUGUUCAUUAUUGUAUGUUUCC